UGCAGAUAUCGGACUUAGAAGAAAUCUUGAGAACUUACGUGUAUGUGGUCUUAUCCUGGUGUCAUCGUGCACAACAUAAAAUUGGAAUGACUUUAGACUGGUUCUAAACAGCCUCGGUCAGACUGUAUGUAAAAUAAUGGACAACAUUUGUAUGCUCUUUUUUCUCUGAUUUGUGCAGUGAUUGUAUUGUGGUUUCGCUAUUCUGUAUGCAAAGUUCUUUUUAUGUGCCAAAUUCAAAUCUAGGAUCAUGGAAACCAGAUCGAGUUCAUCAUCAGCUACGACUGAGAAUAUGGAUGUUUUGUCCCAAUUCUUCCGCCGUUCAAUUGGAUUACAGAGUAUAUUACAGAGCAACUUACCAAAAUUCCGAGGGAUGCCACAUCAUGCGGAUGAUAUGUCCUUGUCAGAAUGGCUUGAAGAAUUUAAUGGAGUAACUGCUAACCAAAAUAUGGAAAUGAGUAGCAAAGCUCGACUGUUGCUAGAUCACCUUUCAGGACCAGCACGAGAGGAAAUAAUGUGUCUCAGUGAAUCAAAGAGACAGGAUUUUGAUGAAAUAGUAAGUCGUCUGAAAUUGUGCUUUGGCUAUCAGGAAACCACACAGACCCUCAGUUGUCAGUUUCAUAAUCGCAUACAGAGAGAUGGAGAAUCACUUUGUGACUUCAGCCGUGCCCUGAUUCGCACCUACAACAAGAUGGAAAAAGCUGCCACUACACAAGCUCAAGGAGAAGCUUUAAGCCAGUUGAAAAACAAGACCUUAAGUGAUCAAUUUGUCAAUGGUGCCCGGGAGGCUUGGGUGAGGAGAGAGUUGAGGCGAAUACAGAUGAUGCAUGAAACCAAUGGAUUCGCCAAGAUUCGUGAGGAAGCCCUCAAACUCUUUCAGGAGACUGCCACCACUCAGAGGCCCAGAGUCAGAGAAGCAGAUAUCGAAGUUGGAAGGGCAGUCAUGAAAGAUUCCAUGCUUGUGCAACAGGUAGUAGAACAACAGAAAGCUAUAAUGACGGAGUUGGAGCAUCUUAGGGGAGAAGUAGCCAGACUGAAAGGAGGAAAGCCUCAGAGAAAGAGGACUGAUGGACGAUGCUUCAGCUGUGGUCAUAAGGGACAUCUACGACGUGACUGCCCCAACAUACCUAACGGUUCCCCUGCACAUGAUUAUAAUUACUCUGCUGGCAACUGGCAUCAGGAGAAUCAAAGCUUCCCCACUUGGAGCACGGAAUCAGGUACCAUGCAGAAUCAUGACAGUUUCAAUAGGCCAACAGUCUACCAGUCCUCAUCACAAGGAGCUGCCAGUAUUCCUCACCAACAUAUCGCAUCCCAGCAGGAAAACUAGACCCCUCUGUUGUUGAGGGCCAAACGGCAGAGGACAAUAGAAAGCAAUAUUAUACAGAAGAGCCCAUAGAAGGAACUGCAACCUAUCCACAAACUGAUGUGUCAUUUGGUGGUAAUUCAGAGGAUGUCAAUGAAUCCAGUGUGGCACAAGGCAGACAGACUUCAGUGGCAGAGGUUGUGCCAGCAAUGGAUGAGAUAGUUGACACAGCUGAUUUGAUUUCUGAAAGCCCAGCUGUCAUAGCAGAAGUUGCUGGUGUACCCAUUGGCUGCAUCCUCGACACUGGGGCAGAGGCAUCCAUUAUACCAUCAGACGUGUUUCAUCGACAGUUGGAAGCAGCGGUAGGAGAAGUGAGCCCAUUUAAUAAACCUGUGAAAAUUGUUGGUGUGGGGCCAACUAAAGUACCAGUGGAAGGCUUCAUCCGAACCCAUGUUUCUGUAAACGGUCAAAAAGCUACAAUAGGAUUUCUAAUCGUACAACGAGAGUCAUGCGGGGAAAGACAAAGAGACUUCCCUAUUCUGCUGGGAUGCAA